AUGGACGUAGAGCAGCCAUAUACAAAAAAUCCUUUAAAACGACGUCGUCUUUUAUUUAGUAAAGCUAAAUUGAAAGCAGUUUCACGUACAAGUGCACUUCUAUCCGGAUUUGCUAUGGUUGCAAUGGUUGAAAUUUCAUUAGAUGAUCAUAAAAAUGCGAAAGGUUCCGCACCUUUACUAGUAGUCUACUCAGUUAUAACAUGUCUUCUUGUUGGUGUACAUCUAUUAGCAUUAAUGAUUAGUACAUGCAUAUUACCACAAUUAGAAGCGGAUAGUUUAAUUGGUUAUGAAGAAUAUGAAUCGCAUGAAACAAUGCAUAUUUAUAUUGAAUUAGCAUGGAUAUUAAGUACUGGAUUUGGUAUAUUUUUAUUUCUAGUUGAAAUAGCAAUUGUUUGUUGGGUCAAAUUUUAUUAUGUAACACGACCGGCUGCAAUAGCAACAACAAUUGUUAUUGUACCAGUUAUUAUACUAUUUUGUAUAUUUUCAUUACAUUUCUAUCGACGUCUUGUAUCAUUUAAAUUGAGUCGUCAUCAAGAUGAAUUAAACGAAAUUGAAAAUACAUUAACAGUUGGAAAUAAAAAUUUUUUACAAAAAAAAUACAAUGACGCAAUUCAUUGUUAUAAUCAAGCAUUGAAACAAAAUGGCGAAAAAGCAACAUAUUAUGUUAAUCGUGCAUUAUGUUAUAUAAAAUUAAAACAAUGGGAUAAAGUCUAUCAAGAUGCUCGUCAUUGUCUUGAUCUUGAUCCAAAUUAUAUCAAAGCUCAUGCUUAUUUAGGUCAAUAUUAUUUAGAACAACAACGUUAUGAUGAAGCAAUAACAUGUUUUAAACAAGCACUUGAAUUAGCUAAAAUUCAGAAUAAAAAUUUUGGUGAUGAAAUUCAACGAUUAUUACGUUAUGCUCAAAAACGUCGAUUUUCUUUAAUGGAACAAAAACGUAUUGAAAAUGAAAUUAGUUUACAAACAUAUCUUCGUUCAUUAAUACAAACAGAUAAAGAACAGCGUAUGCAAUUAUAUAUUGAAAAAUAUUUAGAUGAAAAAGAAACAGAAUCAACAACAACAGCUAGUCAAAUGAUAUUAAAACAAUAUUUAUCUAAAAUAAUGAGUUAUCCGAAUCAACAAACAACAACAACAAAUCUCAGUUCCAGUAUUUCAAUAAAUCCAACAAUACAUAAUAAUGAAAUAAAUAUUGCUGUUGAUCAACAACUUGAACAAGCAUUAGAUGACAUUGAACAAUUCUCAAAUCAAUCAUUAAAUGAAAUGAAUAAUUUAUUUAAUGAAGUCGAUAUAAGAAGAAAACGACGUGAAAUACCCGAAUAUUUAACAUGUAAACUUUGUUAUGAUCUUAUGAAAGAUCCAGUUAUUACACCAUUUGGUAUUACUUAUUGUCGAUCAUGUAUUGAAGAAAAUUUAUAUAAAGUUAGUCAUCUUGAUCCAAUUGCGAAUAAACCAUUAGUUGUCGAACAAUUAAUUAAUAAUCUUGUAUUAAAAGAAAUUAUUGAAAAAUUUAUUAAAGAAAAUGAAUGGGUCAAUUCGGAAUGUUUCUAA